AUUUUGCAGAAUUUAGUCAACGGCGUGUUUGAUGGAUCAACUUGCUUAGAAUUUAACUCUUUUUCUAAUUGUUGGUUAAUUUAAUUUGUGGUCAAUUAUCUCGAGGUCUUUGAUGGCCUGAUCAACUCAAGAUUAACUUGGCUUGUUAAACAAGUGAAGUUUCCAUUUGGUAAAUUGGUAUCAACUUGUGGUGUUUAUCAAAAGGAGGAAGAGAGAAUAGAAUUUUUUUUUCUAUUUGAAUUUGAUUAAUUGUUGCUGAUCGAGAUUCAUCUUGAUUUUUUUUUGUUUAAUAUUUUAUACUUGAUUUUGCUGUUUGUUCACUUUCUCUAGAUCUGGUUGAAAUGCUUCGUGAAGGAUUAAAACGCUCUGUUCGUUUAUUAGAUCCAUUAAUUCAUCUUCAUCGGUCACAAUCAUAUGGUCAAGCAAAUAUUAACCUUCGUCUAAUUAAAUUGAUCCAUACUUCCAGCUCUUUGAGUGCUAAAAACUACUAUGAGACACUUGGAGUGGCAAGAAACUCUAGUCAAAAGGACAUAAAGAAAGCCUAUUACCAAUUGGCAAAAAAAUAUCAUCCAGAUUCUAAUAAAGGUGAUCCAGAAUCAGCUAAGAAAUUCCAAGAAGUCUCUGAGGCUUAUGAGGUUUUAUCCGAUGAAACGAAAAGACGUGAUUAUGAUGCAUUUGGUUCUAAAGGUGCUAAUAACUAUACCGGUGGUGGAACAUCAGGUUUUCAGGGAUUCCAUUCAUCUAUGAAUCCUGAAGAAUUGUUUAGAAAAAUUUUCGGUGAAUAUGGUUACCAAAAUUUCAACUCAAGAACCGGUGGUAAUCAAGAUUUUGAAUUCGCCGAGACUGAUUUCGGUUUUGGAGCUGCUCAAGAGGUUGUAUUAAAUAUUACAUUUAGAGAAGCGGCAAGAGGCUGCGAUAAACAAGUGAAAAUUAAUAUUUUAGAUACUUGUCCUACCUGUUCAGGAUCUCGAUGUACUGAAGGACAUAAACCCGUUCGCUGUCCCUAUUGUAAUGGAACUGGAAUGGAAACAAUCAGCACCGGACCUUUUGUAAUGAGAUCAACUUGUCGUAUGUGCCAUGGUACAAGAUUAUACAUCCAAAAUCCGUGCACCAAAUGUGAAGGUAAAGGAAGUACUCUUCAACGUCGCACCGUUGACAUACCUGUUCCGGCGGGUGUUGAAGAUGGUCAAACACUUAGAAUGCAAGUUGGAAACAAAGAGCUAUUCAUUACAUUUAAAGUAGCCAAAAGUGAUUACUUUAAACGAGAAGGUGCCGAUGUUCACACCGAGGCAACAAUUAGCCUCUCCCAAGCUGUUCUCGGAGGUACAAUUAGAAUUGAAGGUGUUUAUGAAGAUUUAACAAUUAAGGUUCCAUCAGGUACCUCAUCACAUACUAGAUUAAGAUUAGCAGGUAAAGGAUUAAAACGUAUCAAUAGUUAUGGUACCGGUGAUCAUUAUGUACAUUUUAAGAUUAAAAUACCAACUAAAUUAUCUUCUAAACAACGAGAAUUGAUAUUAGAUUAUGCAAAAACCGAGGACGAUACACCAGGUUCAAUUGAAGGCUUGGGAGCUUAAUUAAAGAUAAAAUUUAGUUAUUAGUUAAUUGUUUGUUCAUAAAUAUUAAUACUUUCAUUCAAGUGACUUCAUAUAUAAAACCAAUACAUGAAAUUGUAUGUCGCCAAUUUUUACAAAAACACAAAUGUCAAAUCAUUAGCUAAAUUAGCAACCAAAAAAAGAUCAAAAUUAAAACUACAACUAAUAAUAAGUUUAUUAUUAACAUUUAA